GGUAGGAGGGCCCUUGAAGGGUGCGCGCUCCCGCGGCGGUGCACCCGGUAGGUUUCAGUCAGAGUCACUAUGGCGGCCGGCGCUGGCAAGGUCGGAAAGUUUCCUGCCUCUUCGGGCACAUCCUGAGCGUGCCCCACUGGCUGCGAGUGGUGGAGGCUGCGGCGGACCCAGCUCGGGGCCUCCAGGCCUCUCCCCCAACCCCAGGGCCAGCCUCCCUCCCCCACCUCCUCGUCCGCCCGGAGCUGUGGCUGCAGUCCCUGAGAUGCGACCCUCGCGGGGGCGACCCUGAAGAGAGGCGGCCCUUGUGCUGAGCAGCGGCCAGGAGCCCAGGCGUCUAGAGACCAACUUCCCACCGGCCGGGACCCCCGAACGUCCCCGGGGUCUCGGGGUCGCGCUUCGCUGGGUCUGCACCAGCCUGCGGAGCCGGAUCCCCGCCCUGGUCGCGGGGACGCCCGCCAGGUGCCUGGGAGUCCCGGCCCGGCUGCUUCCUGCGCCCCCGCGCCUCGCGGCGAGGACCCCGGCCACUGCCGCCUCGGCUCGGGCCCCGCUGGGGACCCCGCGCUCCCUCCUGGGGCGGCCUCCGCCGAGCAGGGGCAAUGCAGACUGUCCCGCUGGCCGCUUAGACCCCCUGCCACCUCCCGGCCUCUCGCCCCUCGAUUCUCUUGGUCCUCUCAGACGGGCAGUGGCUACCCAGAGGCGCUCAGCUACACCUUUCUUGGGCCCGGAGGGACCUUCCUGGCCUCAUCGAACCGACCCUUCCUUCAUGCUGCAGUGCUGCAACAUUUCCGCCACCGAGGGGGGAAAGCGGCGGCGAUCCCAAGCUAAACACAAGAAUUGGUGUGUGACUCAUCUGAUUGGAUACCUUCAGUCCCGAAACUGUCUUCCAGGAGUUUUCUUGGCCGCAGCUGACCGAUGUGUGAGCCUUUUCUUCCCGGGGAAGAAGAUGGACUGAAAGCUGCUAGUUGGGGGCUUUUUGUGAUAAGGGCGCUGCUGGGUUUUAAAGGAGGUGAUGGAGCUGGCGCUGGCUUGUCUUCCACCCAAGUGAAGAGUUGUUGAUGCUCACCGGUUAUGUUUAGACAAUGCGCAGUUUGUUUUAAUUUAAGAUUUUUGGGGGGAUAGGAGUAUAGUCUUGUGAAGGGCAGUCCAGAUACGGAGGAACUCCUCUUUGUCUCUGGUAGGAGAGACACCUCCAGUCUGUCCUCGAUGCCGUCAGCCUUGGCCAUCUUCACUUGCCGCCCGAACUCGCAUCCGUUUCAGGAGCGUCAUGUCUACCUGGACGAGCCCAUCAAAAUCGGCCGUUCUGUGGCCCGCUGUCGACCAGCGCAGAAUAAUGCCACCUUUGACUGCAAAGUGCUCUCAAGGAACCAUGCGCUCGUCUGGUUUGAUCACAAGACGGGCAAGUUUUAUCUCCAAGACACUAAAAGUAGUAAUGGUACCUUUAUAAAUAGCCAGAGAUUGAGUCGAGGCUCUGAAGAAAGUCCACCAUGUGAAAUUCUUUCCGGUGACAUUAUCCAGUUUGGGGUAGAUGUGACGGAGAACACACGGAAAGUUACCCAUGGGUGUAUUGUUUCCACAAUUAAACUUUUUCUACCAGAUGGUAUGGAAGCCCGACUCCGCUCAGAUGUCAUCCAUGCUCCAUUACCAAGUCCUGUUGACAAAGUUGCUGCUAACACUCCAAGUAUGUAUUCUCAGGAACUAUUCCAGCUUUCUCAGUAUCUACAGGAGGCCUUACAUCGGGAACAGAUGUUGGAACAGAAGUUAGCCACACUUCAAAGGCUACUAGCCAUCACCCAAGAGGCUUCAGAUACCAGUUGGCAGGCUUUAAUAGAUGAAGAUAGACUCUUAUCACGGUUAGAAGUUAUGGGAAACCAAUUACAGGCAUGCUCCAAAAAUCAAACAGAAGAUAGUUUACGGAAGGAGCUUAUAGCAUUACAGGAAGAUAAACACAACUAUGAGACAACAGCCAAAGAGUCCCUGAGGCGGGUUCUUCAGGAGAAAAUAGAAGUGGUUAGAAAACUUUCAGAAGUCGAGCGAAGUCUGAGUAAUACUGAAGAUGAAUGUACCCACCUGAAAGAAAUGAAUGAACGGACUCAGGAAGAAUUAAGAGAAUUAGCCAAUAAGUAUAAUGGAGCAGUUAAUGAGAUUAAAGAUUUAUCUGAUAAGUUAAAGGUAGCAGAAGGAAAACAGGAGGAAAUCCAACAGAAGGGACAAGCUGAGAAAAAAGAAUUACAGCAUAAAAUAGAUGAAAUGGAAGAAAAAGAACAGGAACUCCAGGCAAAAAUAGAAGCUUUGCAAGCUGAUAAUGAUUUCACCAAUGAAAGGCUAACAGCUUUACAAGUACGGUUAGAACAUCUUCAGGAGAAAACUCUUAAGGAAUGCAGCAGCUUAGGGAUACAAGUUGAUGACUUCUUACCUAAAAUAAAUGGGAGCACAGAUAAAGAGCACUUGCUUUCAAAGAGUGGCGGGGACUGCACUUUUAUUCAUCAAUUCAUAGAAUGCCAGAAGAAGCUGAUCGUUGAGGGGCAUCUAACCAAAGUGGUAGAAGAAACAAAGCUUUCAAAAGAAAACCAGACAAGAGCAAAGGAAUCUGAUUUAUCAGAUACUCUGAGUCCAAGCAAGGAAAAAAGCAGUGACGACACUACAGACGCCCAGAUGGAUGAGCAAGAUCUAAAUGAACCCCUUGCUAAAGUCUCCCUAUUAAAAGAUGACUUGCAUGGUGCACAGUCAGAAAUUGAGGCAAAACAAGAAAUUCAGCAUCUUCGCAAGGAAUUGAUUGAAGCCCAGGAACUAGCUAGAGCAAGUAAACAAAAAUGCUUUGAACUUCAAGCUCUUUUGGAAGAAGAAAGAAAAGCCUACCGGAAUCAAGUUGAGGAAUCUACUAAACAAAUUCAGGUUCUUCAAGCCCAACUGCAGAAGUUACACAUCGAUAUUGAGACUCUCCGGGAGGAGAAGGACAGUGAAAUUGCAAGCACUCGAGAUAAAUUGCUUAUUGCCCAAGAUGAAAUUUUGCUCCUUCAUCAAGCAGCAGAAAAGGCUGCCUCUGAGCGCGAUGUUGACAUUGCUUCUUUUCAAGAAGAGCUUAAGAAGGUACGAGCUGAGCUUGAGCGGUGGCGGAAAGCAGCAUCUGAAUAUGAGAAAGAAAUCAUGAAUCUGCAAAACAGUUUUCAGCUUAGAUGUCAACAGUGUGAGGACCAGCAGAGAGAGGAAGCAACAAGGUUGCAAGGUGAACUAGAGAAGUUGAGAAAGGAAUGGAUUGUAUUGGAAAUGGAAUGCCAUUCUCUAAAAAAGGAAAAUGUUUUGCUUUCAUCUGAACUGCAGCGACAAGAAAAAGAAUUGCACAAUUCUCAGAAGCAAAGUUUAGAACUUACCGGUGAUCUCAGCAUCCUUCAGAUGACUAGAAAAGAGCUUGAGAAUCAAGUAGGAUCCUUGAAAGAACAACAUCUACGGGAUUCUGCUGAUUUAAAAACUCUUCUCAGUAAGGCUGAAAACCAAGCAAAGGAUGUACAGAAAGAGUAUGAAAAGACACAGACUGUACUCUCAGAACUGAAGUUGAAGUUUGAAAUGACUGAGCAGGAAAAGCAGUCAAUCACAGAUGAGCUCAAGCAAUGUAAAGACAACCUGAAGCUGCUCCAAGAGAAAGGAAACAAUCCUUCCAUUUUACAACCCGUCCCAGCCGUAUUCAUCGGCCUAUUCCUGGCUUUCCUGUUUUGGUGUUUCGGUCCAUUGUGGUAGAGAAAGAAACCCUGGCCCUGGAUGCCCAUGUUGGCCACCCUGGUUGCAGUGACAGCCAUCGUGCUGUAUGUGCCAGGUCUGGCCAGAGCUUCUCCAUGAGAGCGUUUCUUGAGUCCGUACACCGUCCUCCCUCUAGAAGCUGGCAUCACACUCAUGCUGGGGACAAACAGAACCAUUUUCUUCCUUUUUACCUCUUAAAACAGCAAAAGUGCAAGAAUACAGCUGUAGGGUCAUUGCUUUAAAUUAUAUAAAAUGUAUCUGUCUAUAAAGAGAAUAUAAAAUCGUGACUUUAUUCUACUGCGAGCAAUAAUUUGCUUGCGAUUUUUCAUGUAAUUUUUAAAUUAGUAUGUUGAGAUUCUAAAUAUUAUGGUGGCCUAAAGUAGGCUUCUUGGUACACCAAAUUAUUUAUAACAUUAAAUUUAUGGAUAUUUUACUCUGAAUUCUGAUGACCAGAUAAUUCAUUUUUCUGAUUCGAUAACCACCCAAACCAAACAACCAAUACAUACAUGGGAAGAGAGGCCCUGUGUGCUCAGUGCCUAUCAGUUUGAAAUAUAUACACAUAUAUAUAUAUAUAUUUUUUACAUAUUUACGCCAUUUUUACUUGUUAUAAAACCACUGAGCUAUUGGGAACAAGACUUAGAAGCAACUAUUUGCGUGGAUUUUUUUUUUUUUUUUAAGGAAAAAAUAUGGUUGGAAAAUACUCUGUUUUAGGUGAAAAUUCCGAGAAUAUAUACAUGCUUGAUCGGCCUUAAUGUGACUUGAAGAUGUGGAGGAGGACAUCAACUUUGAAAAACUUUCCAUGAGAGUGUGUAUUUUCUUGAGCAAACUGAAGUAUUUCUGGGAGCAAAAACAUAGUAAUUACAUAAUUUCAGUGCAGUGAACCAAACUGUUGAGUCAAUUGGAAUGUAAUUUAUUAAACCUCAUGUAUUUAAAGAGAUAUUUUCUUUAAAAGCCAAGUUACUUUCUCAUAUACAGCAUUUUUAGGAAGCAUGAUUUUUUUUUUCUAUCAUCUUUUCCUCCAAGCAUGUUCAAUUGAAGAAAGAAUUACUAUCACUUUAGAUAAGAUUAAUUGGUUAUGAUAUUAUGGAGCUAAUUCAUGUUCAAGGUGAGCUGUUGUUACCUACCAACAGAUAUCCUGGUUGGGUAUGCAAAUGGUUAUUUUCUUUUUAUUGUUGAUAAUUGGGAAGUUCUGUUAAUGAGAAGCACUAUUUCCAAGAUUAACAGUGUUCCAUGCACAAUGAAGCACCUAAACACUGCUUGUGUUAUAAAUUUAAAACACAGAAGUAAAAGUUUAGCUAUGGUUUUGUGUAGUACCACAGUUAUGUCAAUAAAGUUUAUUUAGGUCAUGGAAUAUCCUAAAGUAUCACAUGGUUAAAUUUUUCAAUCAAUGAAGACUUGGAGGGAAUGGCAAUGAAUUGAUUUAAAUGUUCUGUGGCAAUCCACAGUUCUAGCAAAAUAUUGAAAUAGAAGUUUAGGAUAUAAUCUGCCUUGUGUGUUUGACAGUCAUUGUUUCUACUUUAAAGGUAUAUUUUAAGCCAUUUGGGAUUUGUUGGGAGGAUCACUAGAUUUAUGGAGGAAUUAGUCACAAAUGACUUGUGGAAAAUACUGUCAUAUAGUUCAUUUCACCAUUUUCUGUUGCAGGAAGCCACUCCACCACAAAAUGCUAAUAUGCCAGUGGUACCCAGUACCUCUUGUAUAUAGGUUAUUGCAAAUAUUGUUCUGAAAUGCUUAACUUCAGAAUUACAUUUUUUAAAGUAAAUAAUUGUUUUAAAUCUAUUUUGUAAAGAUAUAAAGUACAAUAGAAUUUCUGGAGUACAGAUUAAACUAUUUGCACUAACACACGUGAUGUGCAUGAUUUAAUAAAAUAACUUUACUCUCCCUAUGUAUUUUUGAGUUGGAUAAUCAUUGAAAUUCUUAGUGCUGAUUCUGCUAUUGGAUUGUUGGUAGUUUUUUCCUGAAAUGAGUCUUUAUGCAACAUAACAUAUUUUGAUGUUCUUCAGAGUCUAAAAGAAAACACUGAGCUGUUUCCUCUAAGUUUUAUUAGCCUUUUAUUUAAGUUACUGCUUGAAUUUUUUCCCCAUAUUGUUAAAACGUGACUCCCUUGCCAGACACCUCUUUUUAAAUGUAAGAUCUGGUAUCAAUAUUUACUUUAUUUACAUUGAUAAGUGGGUUUUUGUAGUUACUGCCUGUUUUUCUCAAGAAUAUAAAUGUGCCUAUUCAUAAACAGUACCUCCGGUUUUGUUCAGUUCACUUCCAGGUUAAAUAAAGAAUAGGAUUAUUCCCUGUUAAUGUAGAGUCAUUAAGAAGUUUUAAGCAUAGCGGUUAAGAAUUGAAUGACCUUAUCAUGGUACAUUUAAGAAACAUUCAAAGGUGCUAUAUGGCUGGGUCAGAAAAUAAAAAGAACGUGGCAUUUGAAGCUAAACAGAUCUGUAAUGGCAUCUUGGCUCUGCCUUUUAUCCGCUGUUUUUAACCUUGGGCAAAUCACUUAUCUUCUCUGAGUCUCCAUUCCUCAUCUAUAAAAUGGGGGGAAAAUAUCUAUAUUUUUGGUGGUAGUAUGAAAAUUUAAAAAAUAAUGUAUGUGAAGUGCCAUACAAGUAGUAAAUACGUAUUUAUGAGAAUGUCAUACUGGAAAAAAUAAUAUAAAUAUUAAAGGUGAACCAGUGCAUCUAUUUAAAAUGAAUUGACUGAACUGUUGAAAAUCUGUGUGUGAGUGACAUAUGACUGCAAUAUAAUGAAUCCUAAGAAAGCAUCAUCAGUGAUGGAGAUACCUAGCUAUGUUUGUCCCCUUCAUAGUUACCUCUUUUGGAAGUAAUGAGCUUCUUUAGGUAAUGUGCCAAUUGCCCACAACCCUUUUGGAAUUCCUAUUGUAAUUGUCCUCAGAGUCGUUUUGGAUCACGUGAAAAACAGUUACAUGGCUGUAUAGUCAGAGGCUUUCAACCAAAACAGUACUGCCCAGCUUGAUCUCUCACUUUAAUCACCAGACUUGACAACAUCUACCCCAUUCCCACCAACCCCACCCAGUGACUUUUGGCUGCUUCCAGUGAUUAUAUCUACUUUCAAAAUGAUGGAAAUCUGCUACUAGAGAGAAAAAAACGGUAUGCAAGUCACAGCAUUAAAAAUGUGCUGCUUUACUCCAAAAAAAUCCAUCUCUGGAAAUUUAUUCUGAGAACAUAAUUGCACAAAAAUUUAACUACCAGGAUACCACUGCAGCAUUGUUUGUAAUAGUGACAAAUAAACAACCUAAAUAUCCAGCAAUGAGAGAUUGGUUAAAUAAAUUAAUAUUGUUACCUUACAGGUUACUGUGCUUACAAAGUAUGUGGAAAGAUAUUCAUACUAUAUUAAUUAAAUUAAGUCCAUUAAGUAAAAGAAACAGUAUAGAUUAACCCUGGUUUUAUAAAAAAAAAAAUGUGGACAAAGAGGACAUGUUUACAGCAGGAGGACUUGGAAAGAUUUAUACCUAGGCUACAGUAGUAUUUUCUCUGGGUGAGUUUGAUUGUGGGUGAAUUCCCCUCCCCGUUUACAAUUUUUGGUUUCUUUUAGUAGUAAACAUGUGGCUUUUGUAAAUUUUGUAAAGCUAUUUGGCUUUGCUUUAAAUCAGGGGAAAAAAAAAAGAGUUCUGCAUAAUUCCAAAUUAGCUACCAUAAUUUUGAGUGAGUGUUUAACUUGCCAGAGUACCUACUGUUGAAGGAGCUAAUGUUCAUUUGCACUUAUGAAUUCUAGUAUGUUCACUUAAAAAUCAGUCUUACAAUUUGAAACAUCCUUUUACAUAUGUAUACAUAUGUACAUAGAAUUAU